CCCAGGAAGCGCGGAAGCGCCGGGCCCGGGAAGGAGAGGGCGCUGGGCUUCGGGCCGUCGCUGGGGCCGCGGUCAUGGCUGCGAGAAACCAGGGCGCGGAGCUCGACCUCGGCUGGCUCGCCAGAGUCCGAGUGAAUCAGCCAGCCGUCCUGAGGCGUGCGGAACAAAUUCAGACCCGAAGGGCUGUGAAAAAGAAUUGGCAAGCAGCUUGGCUUCUGAAGGCUGUCACCUGUAUAGACCUGACCACCCUUUCAGGCGAUGACACCCCUUCAAACGUCUGCAGAUUGUGCUAUAAAGCGAAGCAUCCCGUCCGAGAAGAUCUGUUGCAAGCCAUGAACGUGCCUGUUAAAGAUAUUACUACUGCCGCGGUUUGCGUAUAUCCAGCAAGAGUAGCUGAUGCUGUGAAAGCGCUCAGGGCUGCCGGCUGUAACAUCCCGGUAGCUUCAGUGGCAACGGGCUUCCCGGCAGGGCAGACAGCCCUGAAGACUCGCUUGGAAGAGAUCCGAAUAGCUGUGGAAGAUGGUGCCAAAGAGAUUGACAUUGUAAUUAACAGAACCUUGGUGUUGACGGGCCAGUGGGAAGUCCUCUAUGAGGAAAUCCGUCAAUUCCGUCAGGCCUGUGGUGAAGCUCACAUGAAGACCAUCUUGGGGACUGGAGAACUGGGAUCACUUACUAAUGUCUAUAAGGCCAGUCUGAUAGCCAUGAUGGCAGGUUCUGAUUUCAUUAAGACCUCUACAGGAAAAGAAGCGGUUAAUGCUACCAUUCCAGUAGGGCUGGUAAUGGUGAGGGCCAUCAGAGAUUUCUUCUGGAGAACUGGCCAGAAGGUUGGAUUUAAGCCCGCAGGAGGAAUCCGUACUGCCAAAGAUGCCCUUAUCUGGCUGUCUCUGAUGAAGGAAGAACUGGGGGAUGAAUGGCUGAAGCCGGAACUCUUUCGCCUGGGUGCCAGUACUUUGCUGGCAGAUAUUGAGAGACAGAUUUACCAUCAUGUGACUGGCAGAUAUGCGGCGUACUAUGACCUGCCCAUGGCUUGAACUGUUGAUUAAUUCAGGAUGUGUGUGAGAGAGAGACAGGCUUAAAGAAAACUAUCCUUGAAUUGUUUCCUGCAGUCAAGCUCCCAAAGUGCUUACGGAAGGAUUAGAAGACCGGCUGCUACGAUUUCAUGGUUCUGUUGUACCUAAGAAUGUGCCAAACUUUAAGGAUAAAUGUGGCAACCUCUGAA